CCUUGCUCCCCCCUCCCCCUCCCAGAAGCGCUAAAUAAGAAGGGAACUUUUUCCUCCAAGGGGGCUGCGAGUUGAAGGCCAUGAAUUUCGAAUUUGAGCGAGAGAUUGGUUUUAUCAAUAGCCAGCCAUCGCUCGCUGAGUGCCUGACAUCUUUCCCCCCUGUCGGUGAUACAUUUCAAAGUUCAUCAAUCAAGAACUCGACGCUUUCACACUCGACACUGAUUCCUCCUCCUUUUGAGCAGACCAUCCCCAGCCUGAACCCAGGCGUCCACCCUCGCCACAGCAGCGCCGGCCGCCCCAAGCACAGCCCCAAUGGCAGCCGCAGCAGCCCGCUGCCCGCCGGCGCCCUCCAGCCUCCGGAGUACCCCUGGAUGAAGGAGAAAAAAGCCUCCAAGAAAUCCGCCCUGCCGCCGCCUGCUUCGGCCUCCGCCACGGGACCCGCCUGCCUGAGCCACAAAGACUCUCUUGAAAUCCCUGAUAACGGCAACGGCGGCUCAAGGAGGCUGAGGACCGCUUAUACCAACACGCAGCUUUUGGAGCUGGAAAAGGAAUUCCAUUUCAACAAGUACCUCUGCAGACCAAGGAGGGUGGAGAUAGCCGCCCUCCUGGACCUGACGGAGAGGCAAGUCAAAGUCUGGUUUCAGAACCGAAGGAUGAAGCACAAGAGGCAGACCCAGUGUAAGGAGAACCAGAACGUGGACGGGAAAUUCAAAGGCUUAGAGGACUCGGAGAAAGCCGAUGAAGAGGAGGAGGAAGAGGAGGAGGAAGAGGAGGAGGAGGAGAAAUCCCUCUUCGAGCAAGCCCUCAACAAUGUCUCAGGCGCUCUUUUGGAAAGGGAAGGCUACCGUUUUCAGCCGAACGCCCUGGCGCAACAGCAGGCUCCGGCCGCCCACAAUGGAGACUCCCCAAGUUUCCCAGUUUCGCCUUUAACCAGCAAUGAGAAAAAUCUGAAACAUUUCCAGCACCAGUCGCCCACUGUUCCCAACUGCCUGUCAACAAUGGCCCAGAACUGUGCGGCCGGCCUGAACAAUGGCAGCCCAGAGGCCCUGGACGUCCCUUCUUUGCAAGACUUCAGCGUCUUCUCCGCAGAUUCCUGCCUGCAGCUCUCCGAUGCUGUCUCCCCCAGUUUGCCGGGAUCCCUCGACAGCCCUGUAGAUAUUUCAGCUGACAGCUUUGACUUUUUUACAGAUACACUCACCACAAUUGACUUGCAGCAUCUGAAUUACUGAGAAAGGACAGACCUGCCUUCGCCAAGGGUUAUGCUAUAUUUCUUUCCUUGCCUUUUCUUCUUUUUGGGGGGGAGAGGGGAAAAGAGGGGGGAAAUGGUUCGAUUUAACUUCUUUCCCUUUUCCUGGUCAGUAUUUUCUUUUGAUUCUUUCCCUUUUUUAUAUAUGAUGUGUUGGAGAGCCAUUUUGCCGUUUUCCUAUGGCUAUUUUUUUUUUUUUUUAGUUGUGUUCAAUUUAACCUAGCCACAUUCUAGGUCCUCCUGUGAAAGCAAUAUAUAAGGCCUGCAAGAAAGUGAUCGUAUUGAACUCUAUCUUCACUUUCUUUUUAUUUUUGUAUGGCAUUAGGAUGCGUUGUCAUAAGUAUUUUUGGUAGAAUAAAUUCUUGUUUGCUACAA